GAUAGUUCCCCCGUCCGUGACCCAAAACCUGGACACAGUAUUGGUCUAACUAUUCACGACGUGUGUCUUCUAUUUUUAUAAGGGAUGUCAAAAACGGGCGCACGUGGUCCUUUUAAAAAUAGAUUUGUUUCCGUUAAUGAGAACCAAGCCAGAUGUAGACCGUGCUUAUCUCGAUGAAGGUUUUCUAUAAUUAUCUUGAACCUACGGUCACGUUGAGUCCAUGACCUUCAAUAAGAACAAAAACAGAGCUCUGCUCUAUAAAAGGGUCCACGAGGCCAGGAAUUACGGAGAUUUGUUGAGGAUCAGAUUCAUGAAGUGGUGUGUGUGGGUGUGUGGUUUUUUUUUCCUGUUGCAACAACUGUACGCCUUGGUCUGACACCGUCAAAAUAUCUGCAAGUGUCAUUUCGCGUCUUGUUUAAACCAUGGAGUCCAUUAGCAGUCAUCAGCAGUUGUACUUUCCUUCCGAGACAGAACUUGCGUUUCACAACCUCAGGAACCGAUUACUAAGGGAAGGUGAUAGUAUAACAAGAAGGGUAGACGCCGUGCUAGGCUUCCGAGUCAUAGAUUGUCGUGGUGGCUAUAUCGAGUGUUGGCUGAUAGACUUACGCCAAGGCAGGAGAGUAGUCAGAAGAGCAAACGGGGAGAAAACGGAUAUCAUUUUCCAUAUCAGUGAAAAUGAUUUGAUGGAGCUAUUCACCGGCAGGCAACAACCACAAAAGCUCCUUCUUACAAGACGACUUCGAAUUUCCGGUACCAAAUCGCUGCAGAACAAGAUUCAGUAUCUGAUUCCUGACAAGCGGAGAAAGUCAAGGCUUUGAUUUGGAUUGUGUGUGUAUACUAGUCUGUGUACCUUGCUGGGUGCAUGAUGAUACGGGACUGCUGCUGGAGAGGAUACAGGGCUCCACACAACGCGUACCGGGACUUUCACGUGUCAGAAGAAAAUGCAGUGCCCACUGUCAUUAGCUCCUUCCAUGGAAGUUUUAAGUUAGAAUCAGUUUAAGCGACUAUAUACAGGGU